UCCCCCCAUCCAGCGUCUCAUUCUUCAUUUCCCGGAAUCUCAUUCUAGGCGAAACACAAGAACGAAAUGUCGACUCCGCGUUCGAUCUCUAUCGACCUAGAAGUUUUCUUAUUCACUGAUCCAAUCUUUUAGAUCUGUUUCUCAUUUUUUUUCUUUCCGGAACUCAAAAAUUAGGGUUCCGGAACUUAUCUCUCGUCAGGGUUUUGAGAAUAUGGCGAGAGCAGUUAGUAACUGGGAGAGAUUAGUAAGAACAACAUUGCAAAGAGAACAACUAAGGAGUAGUGGGCAAGGUCAUGAAAGAAAAUCUAGUGGUAUUGCUGGUGCUGUACCAGCUUCACUUAAAGGUGGUGAUGGUGGUGGAAAUAAUAUUGAUUUGAUUUUACUAGCUGCUGAUGAGAUUCAAGCUGAAGAUCCAAAUAUCUCUAGGAUCAUGUGCGAACAAGCAUAUUCAAUGGCACAGGGUCUGGAUCCCAACAGUGAUGGCCGAGGUGUACUCCAGUUCAAGACUGGUUUAAUGUCUGUCAUUAAGCAAAAACUUGCCAAGAGAGAUGGGGCAAGAAUUGAUCGCAACCGUGAUAUUGAGCGCCUAUGGGAAUUUUACCAGCUCUAUAAGAGGAGGCACAGGGUGGAUGAUAUCCAGAGAGAAGAACAGAAAUGGAGGGAAUCUGGAACGUUUAGUGCUACACUGGGAGAGUUGGAGAGUAGAUCACUGGAAAUGAAACGGAUAUUCACCACCCUGAGAGCUUUAAUUGUUGUUAUGGAGGCACUGCGAAAAGAUGCAGAUCUUGAUGGUGUGGGGAGAAGAAUUACGGAAGAGUUGCGUAGAAUCAAGAAAUCAGAUGGAACAUUGACGGGAGAACUUAUUCCGUAUAAUAUAGUGCCCUUGGAUGCACCAUCCUUGACCAAUGCUAUUGGGAUGUUCCCAGAAGUUAAAGCUGCAAUGUCUGCAAUAAGAUACUCUGAAUUCUUUCCUAGGCUGCCUGCUGAAUUUGAGGUUUCCGGGCUGCGAAGUCUUGAUAUGUUUGAUCUCUUGGAAUAUGUGUUCGGUUUCCAGAUAGACAAUAUCAAGAACCAGCGCGAGAAUGUAAUUCUUUCUGUUGCAAAUGCACAGACUCGUCUUGGCCUACCUGUUGACGCUGAUCCAAAGAUAGACGAGAAAGCUGUUACUGAGGUUUUCUUAAAAGUACUUGAUAAUUACAUCAAAUGGUGCAAAUAUCUGCACAUACGCCUUGUUUGGAACAGUUUAGAAGCGAUAAACAAGGACAGGAAACUCUUUUUAGUUUCUUUAUACUUCUGCAUUUGGGGGGAGGCUGCAAAUGUCCGCUUUCUUCCAGAAUGCAUUUGUUAUAUAUUCCACCAUAUGGCAAAAGAGCUGGAUGCAAUAUUGGACCAUGGCGAAGCACAACCAGCUGUUAGCUGUACUGGUGAUAAUGGUUCUGUGUCUUACCUUGAACAAGUCAUUUGUCCCAUUUAUAAGACCAUGUCUAAGGAAACUGAUAUCCUUAAUACUGGAAAAGCUGGACACUCAAACUGGAGGAAUUAUGAUGACUUCAAUGAGUAUUUCUGGUCACCUACUUGCUUUGAGUUAAAUUGGCCAAUGAAGGAGGGCAGUUCCUUUCUGUUCUCCCCUAAAGGGCGGAAAAGGACAGCUAAAAGCAGUUUUGUGGAGCACCGGACAUUUCUUCACCUUUAUCGAAGUUUCCAUCGACUUUGGAUUUUCUUGGUCUUAAUGUUUCAGGGUUUGACAAUUAUAGCUUUCAAUGACGGAAGAAUUGACCUCCAUACUUUCAAGCAAGUACUCAGUAUUGGACCAACAUUUGCUGUCAUGUGCUUCAUAGAGAGUGCUCUUGAUGUCCUGCUUACAUUUGGGGCAUAUACAACAGCGAGGGGCAUGGCGAUCUCGAGGCUUUUCAUUCGCUUUUUUUGGUUUGGUAUCAGUUCAGCAGCUAUAACAUAUGUCUAUCUGAUGGUUCUUCAGGAGAGGAAUGACCAGAACUCAAAUUCAUUCUAUUUCCGGAUUUAUAUUCUUAUAUUGGGUGUUUAUGCUGGUUUGCGAGUAUUUCUUGCAUUGUUGCUUAAGUUUCCGGCUUGUCACAGUUUGUCAGAAAUGACUGAUCAGUCCUUCUUUCAAUUCUUCAAGUGGAUUUAUGAGGAACGAUAUUUUGUGGGUCGUGGCCUGUUUGAGAGAAUGAGUGAUUAUUUGAGAUACGUGUGCUUCUGGUUGGUUAUCUUUGCAUGCAAAUUUAUAUUUGCCUACUUUCUUCAGAUACAACCCCUAGUCAAGCCUACACAUGUGAUUGUAGGCAUGCGGAAUUUAAAAUACUCGUGGCAUGAUUUUGUCUCAAAGAACAACAGUAAUGCCUUGACGGUUCUCAGCGUAUGGGCUCCUGUUGUGGCUAUUUAUAUUAUGGACAUUCACAUUUGGUACACUCUUUUAUCUGCUCUUAUUGGUGGUCUGAUGGGUGCUCGUGCACGCUUAGGGGAGAUACGGACAAUUGAAAUGCUGCACAAACGUUUUGAAAGUUUCCCAUCAGCCUUCGUAAAGAAUCUCGUGUCGUCACAGACAAAAAGGAUGCCUAUUGAGGGACAACCUCAGAUCUUGCUAGCUAUGGAUUUAGCUUUGGAUUGCAAGGACACACAAAAAGAGCUCUGGGCCAGAAUAUCUAGGGAUGAGUAUAUGGCAGAUGCUGUUCGGGAAUGUUACUACAGCAUCGAAAAGAUUUUGCACUCCCUAGUAGACAGUGAAGGGAGACUUUGGGUUGAGAGGAUUUUCCGUGAGAUCAAUGACAGCAUAUCAAAUGGAUCACUCCUUGUAACCUUAAAUAUUAAGAAGCUUUCCCUGGUGUUGUCAAGGUUUACUGCGUUGACCGGGCUCCUGACACGGGAUCCGACUCCAGAACUUGCAAGAGGCGCAGCCAAAGCUGUGUAUGAUCUGUAUGAGGUUGUUACACAUGAUCUGCUCUCAUCUGAUUUAAGGGAGCAGCUUGAUACGUGGAACAUUCUAGCGAAAGCUAGAAAUGAAGGCCGUUUAUUUUCUAGAAUACAAUGGCCCAACAAUCCAGAAAUUAAGGAGCAGGUGAAACGGUUACACCUAUUUCUUACUGUAAAGGAUUCAGCAGCCAACGUUCCAAAAAAUCUCGAGGCACGGAGAAGAUUAGAAUUUUUCACGAAUUCAUUAUUCAUGGACAUGCCUGCGGCAAAGCCUGUUUCAGAAAUGAUUCCGUUUAGUGUGUUCACCCCAUACUAUAGUGAGACUGUGCUUUAUAGCUCUUCUGAGUUACGGGCUGAAAAUGAGGAUGGGAUUUCUACUCUUUUCUACCUUCAGAAGAUAUUUCCAGAUGAGUGGGAAAACUUUUUGGAACGAAUUGGUCGGGGUGAAUCCACGGGAGAUGCUGAACUUCAGGCCAGCGCUAGUGAUAACUUGGAGCUUCGGUUUUGGGUAUCUUAUCGUGGCCAGACCUUAGCUAGGACAGUACGUGGUAUGAUGUACUAUAGAAGGGCCCUAAUGCUACAAAGCUAUCUAGAAAGGAGAAGAAUUGAAGAUAUUGGUAAUUCAAGUUCCCGGUUCCCUACAACCCAAGGAUUUGAACUAUCUCGUGAAGCUCGGGCCCAGGCAGAUCUGAAAUUUACAUAUGUGGUUUCGUGCCAAAUUUAUGGACAACAGAAACAGAAGAAAUCUCCUGAGGCAGCUGAUAUCGUACUUCUACUACAGAGGAAUGAAGCCCUUCGAGUUGCUUUCAUACACGUGGAAGAGAGUGGUACAAUUGGUGGAAAUAUCACGAAGGAAUAUUAUUCAAAGCUGGUUAAAGCUGAUCUAAAUGGGAAGGAUCAGGAGAUAUAUUCAAUUAAGCUGCCUGGGGAUCCGAAGCUUGGAGAAGGGAAACCUGAAAACCAAAACCAUGCUAUAAUCUUCACCCGCGGAGAAGCUAUUCAAACUAUCGACAUGAAUCAGGAUAACUACCUUGAGGAGGCUAUGAAAAUGAGGAAUCUUCUCGAGGAAUUCAAAGGAAAUCAUGGUCUUCGACCUCCAACUAUUCUCGGGGUUAGAGAGCACGUAUUUACUGGAAGUGUUUCUUCAUUAGCCUGGUUUAUGUCUAACCAAGAAACUAGCUUUGUCACCUUGGGUCAACGUGUUCUUGCAUAUCCUCUCAAGGUCCGCAUGCAUUAUGGUCAUCCUGAUGUGUUUGAUAGGAUAUUUCAUAUAUCGCGAGGUGGAAUUAGUAAAGCAUCACGUGUUAUCAAUAUCAGUGAGGAUAUUUUUGCAGGUUUUAAUUCCACCCUACGGCAGGGUAAUAUCACACACCACGAAUACAUUCAGGUUGGGAAAGGAAGAGAUGUUGGUCUGAAUCAAAUUGCCUUGUUUGAGGGUAAAGUGGCAGGUGGAAACGGUGAGCAGGUCUUAAGCAGAGACGUGUACCGGAUAGGCCAACUGUUCGACUUCUUUAGAAUGUUGUCUUUCUAUUUUACGACAGUGGGUUUCUAUGUGUGCACCAUGAUGACUGUUCUUACUGUAUAUGUUUUCUUAUACGGAAGGGCUUACCUUGCUUUCUCCGGACUUGAUAGUGGGAUUUCACGUCAAGCAAAGAUGUCAGGCAACAUAUCACUGACUGCUGCCUUAAAUGCGCAAUUUUUGGUCCAGAUUGGAAUUUUCACUGCAGUCCCAAUGAUAAUGGGCUUUAUACUUGAGUUGGGAUUGCUGAAGGCUGUAUUCAGUUUCAUUACAAUGCAACUCCAGUUGUGUUCAGUAUUCUUCACAUUCUCGCUUGGGACUAGAACUCAUUAUUUUGGUCGCACGAUCCUUCACGGCGGUGCAAAAUACAAAGCAACUGGUAGGGGGUUUGUUGUCAAGCAUAUCAAGUUUGCUGAGAAUUACAGGCUUUAUUCAAGAAGUCAUUUUGUCAAGGCGCUUGAAGUAGCGCUACUCCUUAUUGUUUUUAUAGCUUAUGGUUAUUCAGACGGUGGUGCUAUUUCCUAUGUUCUAAUAACAAUUAGUAGUUGGUUCCUGGUCCUCUCAUGGCUCUUCGCUCCUUAUAUCUUUAAUCCCUCCGGAUUCGAGUGGCAGAAAACUGUGGAGGACUUCGAUGAUUGGACUAGUUGGCUUCUGUAUAAAGGUGGAGUUGGAGUGAAGGGAGAGAACAGCUGGGAAUCUUGGUGGGAAGAAGAACAGAGUCAUAUUAAAACACUGAGAGGACGUAUCUUGGAGACAAUCUUGAGUUUGAGAUUUUUUGUCUUCCAGUAUGGCAUUGUUUAUAAACUUCAUCUCACUGGAAAGGAUACUUCAAUUGCGAUCUAUGGAUUCUCAUGGGUAGUACUGGUCGGAGUUGUCAUGAUAUUCAAGAUAUUCACCUUCAGUGCAAAAAAGUCUAUCAACUUCCAGCUGUUGCUGCGAUUCAUACAGGGAAUCACUGCCAUUGGGCUUAUUGCCGCACUCUCAUUAGUUGUGUAUUUCACCGACUUGUCAAUAGCAGAUUUAUUUGCUAGUAUCUUGGCAUUUAUUCCUACCGGUUGGGCCAUUCUUUCUCUUGGCAUCACAUGGAAAUGGAUCAUCAAGUAUCUGGGGCUGUGGGAUUCAGUCCGUGAGUUUGCUCGACUAUAUGAUGCUGGAAUGGGACUGGUUAUAUUUACACCAGUAGUAGUUAUGUCAUGGUUCCCAUUCAUAUCCACCUUCCAGUCUCGGCUUCUCUUUAACCAAGCAUUUAGUCGUGGUCUUGAGAUCUCAAUCAUUCUUGCUGGAAACAAGGCCAAUGUUCAGGCCUAGUGCUUUGUAUCACUCCAGAAAUAUUGCUGCAUCAUUCAUGAUUCUCUACUUUUCAUGUAUAUAUAAACAUUCCCUCUUGUAACUUAGAUAGGACUGGUAUCGUUUAUGACAUGUAAAGAGAGAUUCCGAGGAAAGCCGGAUAACUGUUUGCACGUUGAUGAGUUAUGAAUGUAAUUGAGCUAGGAUUUUGUGCUCCCAUCUAAAGUUCCAGUUGAACAGAUCUAA